AUGUUGGCCGCCAAUGCCACUCCUGAGAUGUUGUGGAUCUCCUGUACUAGCAUGGCAGGGGUUCUCAAAACGCAUCGCGCACGAGUCCGUCAUUUCUUCCAAGCAGAUGCACCUGGAUUAGCCAGUGCCAUGCUUUUGAGACUCAAGGCUGGGACGUUACUCACGGAGCUCUCCUUCGAUGGUGCUCUGAGCGUGAAAGACCUGCGCGAGGAGCUCGCAAAGAGGCUCGCCCUGCCAAAGCCACAUUUGGCGCUGCUCUCGACAGAUGGGAAACUGCUGCAGGCGCAUGACCCACGUUCACUGAGGAGCAUUUUCCUGGAGACAGGUGGUCAUGCCAAGCCCGAAGUCUUCGACGGAAGCUAG